UGCGGGGGCGGGCCGGAACAGCGGGUCUGGGCCGGGAGCGCCGGGCUCCUCCCGGUGCUGUCCCGGGUGGAGGCCCCGGUUGAGUUGGGCUGGCCGCGGAGCUGGUGCUGCGGCCCAUCCUCCGACUCCGGCCCAGCUGGAGCUGCGGCCCGCCCGGCCCUUGCUUCUCCCUGGGUUCUGGCUUUGGGGGUUCCGGUUGGCGGAGGGGCCGGGCCCCCUUCCCCAGGCUGGCCAAGAGGUGUGCGGGCCGGGCCCUGCGUCCGCGUCCCCGGAGCCCGGUGGUCGCGCAGAGCCGAGGAUGCGAGGCAGGCGGGAGGGCCGGUUCUGUUCGGGUUCCCGUCCCCUCGGCGCGCCCGCUGGGAGCAGCAGGCGCUGGCCGGCGGUCCCCUUGCGGCCCCGCCUCGGUUCCCGCGGAGACUGCCCGCCCGGCGCCGUCUUGCUCGUGCGGCUCUCUCCCGUCCCGGCUGAGUCACGGGUUGGACGGCAGACACUCCGUGAGCAGUCAGGAAGAACGCAGCAUGUCCAGAGGACUCUCCGCGGGCCUGGGCUCACGGAGCAUGUGUUGUAGUAGAGGCGAGACAGAAGUCACCUACAUCAUGGAUCCACUCAUUUACUCUACAAAUCCUUGCUGAGCACAUGCUGGGUGCCAGGCCCUCCCCCAGCCUCUGGGGGUACAGCAUGAAUAACCAGACCGCAGGCCUUGUCUAAGAAGCAAAGACCCUGGAAUGGCGGUGCCACUCCCGACGCCCGAACCCCAGGAGGCCAUUGUGUUGGAGGAUGUGGCCGUGUACUUCACAAGGAUAGAGUGGAGUUGCCUGGCUCCGGACCAGCGGGCGCUGUACAGGGACGUGAUGCUGGAGAACUACGGGCACGUGGCCUCCCUGGGCUGUCUUGUCGCCAAACCAGCGCUGAUCUCCCUCUUGGAGCAAGGAGAGGAGCCAGGGGCCUUGAUUCUGCAGGUGGCUGAGAAGCGAGAGACAAGGGCCAGCCUGUGCCCAGGUUCCAGGAUGGAGGCCAGGAUCAAGGAGUCUUCCCUGAGGAGAGUGUCCUCUAAGCAGGCGGGACUGUUGGGCACAGUUUGGGGGCGACACCCCGGGGGGGACCCCGGCUUACCUGUACUGAACGGCAGUCCUGAGGAGGGGUCAGGCGGCCCUCCAGGGGAGUAUGGCGCGGCCCCUGCCGCCCUGGAGGAAGGACGGCUCUGCCCUGGCCCGGCGGCCGUGGCUGGAAAGAGAGCGCACCGGUGCGCCUGCGGCAAGGCCUUCAAGUACCACUCGCUGCUGCUCAGGCACCAGGUUGUCCACACGGGCGCCAAGCCCUACCAGUGCACCGAGUGCGGCAAGGCCUUCAAGCAGAGCUCCAUCCUCCUGCGGCACCAGCUGAUCCACACCGAGGAGAAGCCCUACCGGUGCGGCGAGUGCGGCAAGGCCUUCAAGCAGAGCACCGAGCUGGCCGCGCGCGGCCGGGUCCACGCCGAGGAGAAGCCCUACCAGUGCGGCGAGUGCGGCAAGGCCUUCGGGCGCAGCUCCCAGCUCCGGCAGCACCAGCAGUUCCACACGGGGGAGAAGCCCUACGAGUGCUGCGAGUGCGGCCAGGCCUUCGGCCGCAGGUUCACCCUCAAGGAGCACCGGCGCCUCCACAGCGGGGAGAGGCCCUACAUGUGCCGUUCACUCCUCAAACACCACAGGCUGCACGGCGAGGAGAGCCCCCGCAAAGACGGCGGGUGCCAGAGCCCCAUGCUCAGCGCGGCCCAGAAGGCCCCCUCGGGGGACAGGCUCCACAAGUGCCCAGUGUGCCAGAAGCCCUUCAGACACAACUCCCUGCUCCUCCUGCACCAGAGGCUGCACACAGGCGAGAAGCCGUUCGAAUGCAGGGAGUGCGGCCGGGCCUUCGGCCGCAAGUCCAACCUCACUCUGCACCAGCAGACCCACACCACGGAGAAGCCCUUCGCCUGUACGGAGUGUGGCAUGGCCUUCCGCAGGAGCUACACACUGAGCGAGCACUACCGGCUGCACAGCGGUGAGCGGCCCUACAGGUGCCACGCCUGUGGGAGGGCCUGCAGCCGGCUCUCCGCCCUCAUCCAGUACCAGAAAGUCCACAGCCGAGAAUGCUCCCAGGAAGGUGGGGAGGACAGGCUGGUGCCCCGCUGGGCAGCCCGGUGAGGUGACAACAGGCAGAGAGCCCAUCCGGGCCGUCCACCCUCCCACUUGGCUGUGCAGCGGGCAUUUGUCUUGGACAGAGAAGGGAGUGGCUGGGGCUGUUCUCAGGCUGGCCAGAGAGGGAAGCGGAGCCAGAACAGGUCCCCAGCACUUCUUUUUUAUAAAGAUUUUAUUUUUUUCCUCUUUCUCCCCAAAGCCCCCCGGUACAUAGUUGUACAUUCUUCGUUGUGGGUCCUUCUAGUUGUGGCAUGUGGGACGCUGCCUCAGCGUGGUUUGAUGAGCAGUGCCAUGUCCGUGCCCAGGAUUCAAACCAACGAAACACUGGGCCGCCUGCAGUGGAGCAUGCGAACUUAACCACUCGGCCACGGGGCCAGCCCCAAGAGCAGCACUUCUGAACCACCCAGGUCUGCCUGGAUACACACAGGCUCCAAUAAACCACAUGGGGUUGGGGGGGUUGUUUUCCUUUUGCACUCGUCUGUUUUCCAAAUGCUGACUUGUGAUCAGAAAAAAAGGAUAUGUUGUUUC